AUGCCCCGUGGCCAAAUCAUGACGGGGCAGGACUGGGAGCCCCAGGUGUUUAACUUUCAAAAAAAGAAUAACGCCAAUAAGAAGCCUGGUCGCGUGAGCGAGACCGAGGCCAACCGCGUGCUGCAGCGCGGAGGGAAUGUGGAUGUGAUGAAGAAGGAACACUUCCACGCGAAUGCCCAGAAAACGGACCUUGGCGCCAACGCAAAGAGGUUAGAUGAGGACACCGAUAUAUUGAAGUUAAAGCGCGUGGAUAAUGCCUUGCGCAUUAAUAUUCAGCGGGCGCGCCAAGCAAAGGAAUGGACGCAGCAGGACCUGGCACGACACAUAGCGGAGCGGGCCGGCGUUGUGACGGAGUACGAGAGCGGGAAGGCGGUGCCGGAGGAGCGGGUGCUGGUGAAGAUGGAGAAGGCAUUGGGCGUUCACCUGCGUGGGGUGAUGGCCGGGAAGCCAUUUGGAGGCAGCCACCAUCAGCCACAGCAGGCGAAAAAGCCCGCGUGA